AUGGCAGAAAAUAAUGAAUCGACAGAACCGCUCCUGGACGAUAAUGGCUUAGAAGAGAAGUCAUCUAGUCAUCGACAUGCUUUGAGCUUCCAUGUCGAUUUUGCCAGGUUAAUUGGGCUUUGCGUAGCAUUAUUUAUCGCUGGUUGCUAUGUGGGAUGGGAAGCUGCAAAAUUGCGAAAUACUCCUGAUGCGUUCAAAGAAGCGGUUCCUCGAGUACACAUACCAAACAUCAUGAAGACAUUCCAACAAGAAGAACGCUUCAUGAAACCUCCUCCUUUUGAUGGUGUAGCUGAGCCAGUAUGGGACUCUCUUCUCCCACUCGGCCUAGGAUACGUACGAAACCCAGAUAUCCCAGCCACAGAGAACAUCUCCACAAUAUCAGCAAUGCAUCAAUUACAUUGUCUCUAUACUCUGCGACGAACAAUGUAUUCUACGGGACUUAAUGACUCAAAGCUUGAGUCGUUCGACAAUGGUAUCGACCGGUAUGCGCAUAUCGGGCAUUGCUUCGAGUAUCUGCGGAAUGCAAUCAUGUGUAGCGCGGACUCAAGUCUCGAGCCUUUCGAGGUGCCAGAUAAUGGGUUUCCGGGAAUGGGAUUCCCGAGACAGUGUAGAGAUUACGAGAAAUUGAAGGAGUGGGCUGAGAAGUGGAGGGUACUUGAAGACAAGAGUUUUAUUCUUGUGGAUGUAGAGGAGCAAAUCCCACAAUCUACGUCUGGAGGCGACUGA